AUGGCUGGGUAUGCAGUUGCCCCUGGUGCAAUGGACGUUACUUCGUUGCUAUAUACAACGGUUGGUACCGUACUCUGCAUUUCUUCUGCUAAUUCCAUCAAUCAAUGGAUCGAGAUUCCUUACGAUGCCCAAAUGUUGAGAACUCGUAACCGAGUUCUUGGGCGACGUGCGUUAUCCCCUUUCCAUGCCUUUAAUUUUGGCGUAUUGACAGGCACAGCUGGUGUGGCCAUGUUAGCAACCAUGGUGAACCCCUUGACAGCCGCUUUGGGAGCAGCCAAUAUCUUUUUGUAUACGGCGGUAUAUACACCCAUGAAACGUGCUUCCAUUGCCAACACCUGGGCUGGUGCAGUGGUAGGAGGUAUCCCGCCCAUGAUGGGCUGGGCCGCUGUCACGAAUUCAUUGGAUCCCGGUGCUUGGGUCCUGGGUGCGAUUUUAUAUGCCUGGCAAUUCCCCCAUUUUAACUCGUUGGCCUGGAACUUGCGUGCGGAUUAUUCCAAGGCAGGGUACCGUAUGAUGUCUGUUACGGAUCCUAAAUUAAAUGCGCGUGUGUCGCUAAGAUACAGCUUAGCCAUGUUUCCCUUGUCUUGGAGUCUAUCCUAUUUAGAUGUCACUACAUGGACUUUUGCGGCUGAUUCUACCAUUGUUAAUGCUGCCAUGUUGUACGGUGCUGUCAAAUUCUGGCGCAAUAGUAAUGAUAAAAGCGCAAAACAACUAUUCUUUGGUAGCAUUAUGCACUUGCCUAUAUUAUUGGCGCUCAUGAUGAUUCAUAAGACAGGUAGAACUGAACAGGAAGCCUUACACGAGGAAGUACAAGAAGAAUAUUUAGAUUAA